GUUAGUCAUAGCUCACAAGAGAAAAAGAUAUCGUGGGAACGGGGAAGGCAGCUAGUCGGCGGAGAUAUUUUGUUUAGAAGGGAAGUGCAAAGCUUACAAAUUUUAAUUGUUUGUUUGUCAACAAAAAAGAAAGAAGAAGAGAAGAUGGCAGAUGAUAUGGCGAAGGGUGCUAGAGAGAACGGUGACAAUAAUAUCCCUGAAGAUGCCAAUGAACAUUGCCCAGGUCCUGCAUCGGAGUCUGCUGGUAAAUCUGAUGCUUGUGCUGGCUGCCCUAAUCAGGAUGCUUGUGCUUCCGCCCCCAAAGGCCCUGACCCUGAUUUGGUUGCAAUUGCAGAAAGAAUGGCUACUGUAAAACACAAGAUACUAGUGUUAUCUGGAAAGGGUGGGGUUGGCAAGAGCACAUUCUCUGCUCAACUUUCAUAUGCACUGGCAGCUAUGGACUUUCAAGUGGGUCUCCUUGAUAUUGAUAUAUGUGGUCCAAGCAUUCCCAAAAUGCUUGGCCUUGAAGGCCAAGAGAUUCACCAGAGUAAUCUUGGAUGGUCUCCUGUCUAUGUGGAGUCCAAUCUCGGUGUCAUGUCAAUUGGGUUCAUGCUCCCCAAUCCAGAUGAUGCUGUCAUAUGGAGAGGCCCUCGCAAAAACGGAAUCAUCAAGCAAUUCCUGAAGGACGUCUACUGGGGGGAGCUUGAUUUCCUGGUAGUUGAUGCUCCACCAGGGACUUCAGAUGAACAUAUAUCAAUUGUUCAGUUCCUUCAAGAAACAGGAAUCGAUGGUGCUAUAAUAGUCACUACGCCACAACAGGUCUCCCUGAUAGAUGUCAGGAAAGAGGUUAGUUUCUGCAAGAAAGUUGGAAUAAAAGUUCUAGGGGUAGUUGAAAAUAUGAGUGGAUUGUCUCAGUCGGUUCCAGAUUUCAAAUUUGCACGGAUGUCAACUAUAGGUGAAGAAGUAGACGUGACAGAGUGGGCAAUAAAUCUCAUAAAAGAGAGAGCACCGGAACUUCUGAAUUUGGUUGCUUGCAGUGAAGUGUUCGACAGCAGUGGUGGUGGUGCUAAAAAAAUGUGUGUAGACAUGGGUGUACCUUUUCUUGGCAAGGUACCAUUAGACCCUCAGUUGUGUAAAGCAGCAGAGGAAGGCAGGUCCUGCUUUUCGGAUAGCAAGUGUAGAGCGAGUGCACCUGCAUUAAAGCGGAUCAUAGAGAAACUGGUAGCAACACAAAUGCCAGAUAUGAUAAAUGAUGCUUAAGACAUCUGGUGCUGUCUUUUUGGCUGCAGGGCCUAUCUAUGAAAAUAGAUAAGCAGAUACUCGUGUACUUGCUCAAUUUCCAAAAUUUGAAUCUGUUGAGACUUUCUACUUGAUCUUAAACGUGAAAUUUAUUUGAUGCUUUCCUAAUGUGUACUUUAAUCAAGUAUUCCCGUAUCGGGUGGAAUCAGUUCAAGAAAGAAAAAGAAGUGCAUGUUGUUGACACUGGAAAUGUAAAAUUUGCCGCCUGUAGUAGGUUGUGUAAUUUAUGCAUUCAUAAAUUAAGUUUUUUCUUUA